GCCCGGGCUGAGAAGAUGGAGGCCAUGGAGCAGGAGAGGAUUGGGCGUCUGGUGAACCGUCUGGACGACAUGAAGAAGACAGCGUGCGGGGACGGGGUCUCCCGCUGCCUGCUGUGCGGAGAGCAGCUGGGGAGCCCUGGAGUCAGCUCGGUGGUGUGUGAGGACUGCAAAAAGCACAUGUGCACAAAGUGCGGGACGCAGGCCGACAGUCGCCCACGCUCCGUGUGGCUCUGCAAGAUCUGCAAAGAGCAGCGAGAGGUGUGGAAGAGGUCCGGCGCCUGGUUCUUCAAAGGCUUCCCCAAGCAGUUCCUGCCGUCGCCCAUGCCCAUCUCCAAACCCAAAGAGCCGAAGGAGGGGAAGCAGCCGCAGGCCGCCGCGGCCCGCGGACCCACGGCCUCGGCAGCGCGGGAGAAAUCAGCGCAACCACAGCAGCAAGGGCCAGAGCGGCAGAGCCGUACCGGUGGCUACCCCCCUGUGGCCCUGAAGCCGUCGGAGGUGCGGAUGUCCGCAGGUGGGGUCGGUGGGCCGGCCCAGGACAGCCCCGUCAUGAUGAAGAAGGCUAUGACCGUCCAGAGCUCCAGACCCCAGCCGGCUGCAGCCAUGGCCCAGCCAGGUCCGAUGGCGGGAGAGGCAGGGCCCUACUCCUCAGGCGGCGGUGGCUCUCUAGAGCAGAGAGCGCCCCCUGCGGUGCGGGAGGAGAGGAGGCAGCCGGUGGCCCGACAGCCACCACCCCCCGCGGAGGAAGACGACGACGCCAACGACAUCGAUUCCGACGAAGCCACCACACUGGGGUCUUUGGAGUUCAGCCUGCUUUACGAGCAGGAGAGCAGCAGCCUUCACUGCAGCAUCCUCAAAGCCAAAGGAUUGAAGCCGAUGGACUCCAACGGACUGGCGGAUCCAUACAUUAAGCUCCACCUGCUUCCUGGGGCUAGUAAGUCUACAAAGCUGCGCACAAAAACCCUGCGGAACACGCGCAACCCUGCAUGGAAUGAGACGCUAACAUACCACGGCCUGACGGACGAGGACAUGCAGCGCAAAACCCUCAGGCUCUCCGUGUGCGACGAGGACAAGUUCGGGCAUAACGAGUUUAUCGGAGAGACCAGAGUGGCCCUGAAGAAGCUGAAGGUCAACCAGAAGAAGAACUUCAACGUGUGUCUGGAGAGAGUGGUUCCUAUGAAGAGGACUGGCACAGCCGGUGCAACCCGCGGCAUCUCUCUCUACGAGGAUGAGCCGGGAAAGGACGGCAGCGAGGUGGAGGAGCGCGGGAGGAUCCUCAUGUCCCUGAUGUACAGCACCCAGCAGAACCGCCUGCUGGUAGGGGUGGUGCGCUGCGUCCACCUGGCAGCCAUGGACGCCAACGGCUACUCUGAUCCCUUUGUCAAAAUAUUUCUGAAGCCUGAUAUGGGCAAGAAAGCCAAGUGCAAAACCCAGAUCAAGAAGAAGACAUUGAACCCAGAAUACAAUGAGGAAUUCAGCUAUGAUAUCAAACACAGUGACCUGGCCAAGAAACAAUUAGACAUCUCUGUGUGGGACUACGACAUUGGCAAAUCCAACGACUACAUUGGUGGAUGCCAGCUGGGCAUCACUGCCAAGGGAGAGCGGCUGAAGCACUGGUACGAGUGCCUGAAGAACAAGGACAAGAAGAUAGAGCGCUGGCACACCUUGUACAACGAGAACCACGUCAACAGUGACUAA